ACGGAACUUGAGGGAACCGAAGAGUGACAAGUUCCAGUUUUUUUUUAAUCAUAAUCAGUAAUUAAUCGCUACUCGUGUAUACUUUACACGCAUUUAGUUAUACAUAUUUACACAAUAUACAGCAAAUUUUCCCCCGGCGAUUGUCAUUGCUAAGUUUAAUAAUCGUUGGAGAGACUUGAACCCACCAUCAGUGCUGCGGAAAUACAUCAAGUGCGUAACAAAUCUAAGAAACAGGAAACGUCUUGAUCUCGUGGGAUUGUGUUCACAAGACGCGAACAGACACUGUUGUUGUCAUUUAUAUUACUUUAAAGCACCGAAGGCAAAUGGCAAGCGCACCUCCAAUGGAGACAACAACACUUGUGGGCCACCCACCACCACCCCCUUCCUAUGAGGAGACAAUAGGUACAAGCCCACACUACCCACCAGGAGGACCGAUGCCAUAUCCUCCAGUUGAUGCAAAAGCAUCUCUGCCUCCGUAUCCGACACAAGCCUAUGGCCAGAUGUAUCCACCACCCCUUCAAGCUCAACCUGUCACCACCAGCCCUGUUGUGGCUGUGCAGACUGUAUACAUGCAGUCUGGUCUGGUGUUUGGAGAUAUUCCUGUGCAGGCACAUUGCCCAGUGUGCACACAGAAUGUGGUAACUCGCCUUGAGCAUUCAUCAGGAGCGUUAGCCUGGCUCUCUUGUGCAGGCCUGGCCAUUUUUGGUUGUAUCUAUGGGUGUUGCCUGAUUCCCUUCUGUGUGGACAGUUUGAAGGAUGUGACACACCACUGUCCAAACUGCAACAGUAUUUUAGGAGUCCACAAGAGACUCUAAAGCAGUUGCAUGAAGUAGUUGCUGAGCAGUUGUGUAAUAUACUGCUCUUAAUUUUGUUUGAUAAAGGAAAAAAUACAUAUAGGCAUAUGUAUGCAUAUAUAUUCAUACAUAUAGUAUACACACAUUUAUGUCAUAAAUAAGGGUCUGAAUGUAUACUAACUGAUUUUCACGAAGGGCUAGAUUGGGUUUUGAUUAUUUAAUCACAUUGUAAUAUUUUCACACAUUCACAUUUGUAAUAAGAACAUCUGUAACACAACUAGUUUAUGCAUAAUUAUUGCUGUUAUGAAAUUAUAACCUCUUUAUACUGUUACCAACUUCGUGACUAAAUAUUAUGAAUAUGUUCUCUGUUAAAACACCAAAAGUGCAUUUAAUUUAAAUUUGACUUGCUCAAAUAUUGUGAAGGCAUGGUACUGCAUCAAAAUGAAUAAAAGUCACUAUCAGUUUCAUGAACCAAAC